AUGACGACGCUCGCACACCUCACAUUCUCAAGUAUUCACGAACGCUAUUCGCUUCCUCGAGCCGGUCUCUUGAUGCAAAAAUGGGCAGCACCUUUGGAUAUCGUUUUCUUUUGGGGUCAUAACGUACACGCAUUAGGCUGGAGUUUGGGACAUGUCACUGAGCAUGAUGACAUGAAAUGGGAACUGAGCGUUGGCAAAGGGACAAAUUGCACGCGAAAGCCAUACUUGGCACGUACGAAUCACAUCGAUAUAUGCACAACAGCACAUGGCAUAUGUGGCCGCGAGCAUUCGUUAACAAGGUGCUGGACUGGAUCGUCUAUUCUCUUGUUUUACUUCUAUGGUUUUCAGCGUUCCAAUCCGAGCAUGCAGCAACACGGCUUACUCUUUCUACAAACGCCCAAGUCUGCCUCGCCUAAUCACUAUCCAAGCCUGACGCCCAUUCUCCAUCAUGAGGCCAUGGUCCGUCUCUCGUGA